UCAUCUCAUCUCAAUCCACACAAAUCGAAUGGCGCAGUGCAGUAGGCAGUAGCUGAGGAAGCAACUCCAGCGCUUGGAAUUGGAAGGCCUCGGCUAACACCAGGUAGCCGUCCCUCCUCUAUCCAUCCCUUCACUGGGAUUCUUCCUGUCUCAUCGCCAGCGAGAGUUUUGUGCAGGACAGCAAGAUGAGCUCGUUAGAUGCCACAAGAGCUGAGCUUGGCCUCGUUGUCCUGUACCUGAACAAAGCCGAGGCUCGGGACAAGAUCUGCAGGGCGAUUCAAUACGGGUCAAAGUUCAUAAGCAACGGGCAGCCUGGCACGGCACAGAAUGUCGAUAGAUCCACCACGUUAGCUCGCAAAGUUUUUCGGCUUCUCAAGUGGGUCAAUGAUCUGCAUGCUCUUAUCAGUCCACCUGCCAAAGGGACUCCUCUUACAUUGGUCUUGCUUGGGAAGUCCAAAAAUGCGCUGCUUUCGACGUUCUUGUUCCUGGAUCAAUUUGUGUGGGCAGGACGAUCAGGGAUAAUCAAGAACAAGGAGGGCACGGACCGGGUUGCCAGGUUAUCCCUGUACUGCUGGAUGGCUUCUUCUGUCUGUGCAGGUCUAGUUGAGCUUGGAGAGCUUAAAAGGCUAUCGAAAUCGAUGAGGAAGCUUGCGAGAGAGCUGAGGGACACCGAUAAAUACGAGAAUGAACAGUACCUCAGCAAAAUGAGACAGUCAGAUGAACGGCUCCUGGCUCUGGUCAAGGCGGCCAUGGAUGUGGUCGUGGCUAUAGGGCUUCUUCAGCUGGCACCCAAGAAGGUCACUCCGAGAGUGACAGGAGCAUUUGGAUUAAUCACUUCGCUCAUCUCCUGCUAUCAGCAACUUCCUUCGCGUGCUCCUGCGGCCAAAGUCAAGGCAUGAUCAGGGGUGUUACCGUUGUAUCCCAAAGGAAGUCAUCAGUCAUCACUGGAUGAUGAUUAUAUGUGGCGGUAUAGAUUAUUCAACACCAUCGAUUGUCUGUACGGGUUUAUGCUUUUAUGCCGCAUCUUCUGCACAGUAAUGGACAUGCUUGUCUCGUA